AUGGCUAACGUUUUGGCUCUCCUCUCCGAUCUGCAGACCGGCCGCUCCUCUUCCACCGUCGAAGUUCGCUUGCUCCGCUUCUGGGAGGCCAGGAACGUCCGCCGUUGUGGGGAGCUGAUGGGCGUCGACAUGCUGUUAAUCGAUUCUCAGGUUAUCUGUAUUCAUGGAAACUGUUCUCCAUAUUCUGAGCCGAGCUACUCGCUGCGGAGAACGAGCUACUCGCUGCGGAAUAAGACAACCCGUCUUCUUAGGAGGCACUUCAGUCUCAUCAGUCAUGAAAGGUGCGGUGUAACCACAACUAUGGUUGCAAUGUACAAGAAAACGGCACACAUGAAACAAGCCGGAGUGAUCAAAAUUCCAAAAGCACUAUGCACAACUGGACAUGACGAAAUAGAUGAUGUCAUAUGCAACUGAUGAAAUAAAGGCGAAGUGGAAGAAGAAGAAACUGAAAAUCUCACUAACCAGGUGCUUGAUGAGAUUUGUGUUGGUGUUGCAUUUUAUUCCCCAAGAACUGAUUAGUGUUCCUUUACAUACUCAUAAUAUACAUAUCAUAAACAUAUUUAUGAUAAAUUACAUCAUAUAUCCAUUCGUAUAGAAAUAGCAAACAAAAAAUACUUCUUUACAUGGUUGUUCUAUGAUAAUAUAUUAAUAUCAAAAUUUUAAAAAUAAA